AUGGCUCCGUACCGCGAGCCGCCGCCGAUUGCGCAACACUUGAACCGGCCACGACCGCAGACCACGCCAUCGCCAGUGCCACGCGACACCGAUGGCGUCGGUGCCCAUGUCUCAUUAGACGCUGUCGAGCCUCCCCGAACCCAAAGCAGUCCCACUGUUCUGCACUCGCAAAUUCGGCAUCUUCAGCGACAGUUAAGUGCCAGAGCGGACGAAGCGGCGCAGUUGAGGCGUCAGCUCGAUGCGCAGCAGAAUGCCGAGGUGGGCACGCUCAGCGAGCAGCUGCGGGCGGCUAACCGGGAUAUGUCAAUGUGGAAGGAGAGGGCCGAGUCGGCGGAGAAGAGAGUCAAGGUGUUUGAGAGGUUUACCGGCAAGCUGAGAGGCAUUCGGGACAACCUCUUCGCGGAGCGUCGCAAGGGUAGCGGACGAGCUGUGAGGGGCUUCCCGAGCCAUGAAGCCGACGAUGCUACGGACCGGCUCAAGGCUCCGGUUGACAAUGAUGGUCCCGAGGCGACCGAGAAAGGUGAGCGGGCCAGCAGCAGAGAAUCGCAGACCCGCGAGGACUCGGGCGAAACUGCAGACGUCGCGGUCGUGUCCGCAAGGAUAAGAAAAUGCUUGCACGGACAGCCGCCGAAGGCAGCGCACGACGGGGCCAUGGACGACUCGACCGAUGCGUAUCCGCGGGUGGUCACCGGAGAUGGAACCUCGAGUCCGCAGUGGCGAGGUGAGACGGGCGUUGAUGUCGUAGCGGCGCAGCUGCUGGCAAUGGCAGAGGAACUGCUGGAGAUUAUUGACAGCGACUCGUUUUGA